AUGGUUUCCUGGAUAGUUGAAUUGUAUUUCCGCUAUUCCCUGGCAAUUGGUAUUACAUCACAACAAUUUUCCAGUCGAAAGUUCUACACUACCCUGUUUUCUCGGACCUAUGCUUUAAUCGCCAACAUCAUUACGCUCACCAUGCUGCCCAUAGUUAUGUGGCAAGUUCGAUCGGUGUUUCUGGCGAAGAGGCACUAUCCGCAGCUCAUUUUGAUCACAAAUGACGUAAGGUAUACGGUGUCCUUCCUGAUCAUUUUAUACACACUCCUAUCGCGAGGAUUUCGCGACACAGCGUUGAAGGAAAUGCAGCCAUUGCUGCUGACUUUAUUCCGCGAGGAAAAGCGAUGUGGCUACAAGGGCAUAGAUGGUGUACGAAGGUCCUUGAGGAUUCUUCUGUUUGUGAAGUUCUUCACCUUGUCUUGGCUGUGCAUCACGGACAUUAUAUUUCUGUUCUAUUCGAGUGAUGCGGUAAUCUGGGUUAACAUAGCCAGAUUUUUGUUCUUGUCUAAUACCAACAAUAUCCUGGAAAUGGUGCCCAUGGGCUAUUUUCUCGCCCUGUGGCACAUUGCUCGAGGCUUCGAUUGCGUGAACAGGCGUCUGGACCAGAUUGUUAAAUCAAAAUCCACUAGGGAUCAGAAGGAGCUGCAACAUCUCUGGUUUCUACACACUUGCCUCACCAAGACAGCUCUCAACAUAAAUAAAAUCUACGCCCCCCAGAUGUUGGCCACCCGUUUCGAUCACUUUGUAAUUGGUGUGAUCCAAGCCUAUUGGGGUGCAGUGUUCACCUUUGACCUCUCUACCUCUUUCCUAUGGGUCGUUUACGGAAGUGUUCAAUACCAUGUGCGUUCUCUGGACUACUAUCUCAUCGACUACAUGUGCGAUGUGGCGGUGGAGUACCACGACUCGGCCAGGCACUCCUGGAGUGAAAUUCGCUGGACGAAAGAGAUUAGUUCCUAUGUGGUCUACGCCAACAGUUCGAAGUUACAGCUCUGGACCUGUGGGCUUUUCCAAGCCAAUCGCAGCAUGUGGUUUGGCAUGAUCAGCAGCGUGUUUUAUUAUAUUUUAGUACUACUGCAAUUUCACUUAGUUAUGGGCAAGUAA